AUGUAUUUCAUGUCGGCGUUAGCACUACUUUCACUCGUCAUCUUAUCAAGCGCCAAGACGAACAAUACAACGCAGUCAACAUUAAGAAGACUCUUAUCAUAUAUCAAAGGGGAAAACUCAUCUGCUGGUAUUGCUCUGGCCCUCACUGAUGGCAAACAGGUGAACAUUAGUAUACUGCCAAUGUCCAUCUCCAGUCUCAAUGCAGCCGAACAGACUUUCACUUUUAGUGCUGGUGUCAACAUGAAAUGGCUCGACCAAACCCUGGCUUGGAACAAAACUGAAUAUGAUGAUAUUGAAAACGUGACCAUCUCUGCAGAUUACGUGUGGGUACCUUCUGUUGUCAUCCCUAAUGGUAUCGACGAGGUUAGACUGGAUUCAGUAAAAUCUUUACUGAUUCAAAACAACGGCGAGGAAUCAGUUCUUAUUACUGACAGUUUCAAGACCAGUUGUCAGAUAGACAUCACCAUGUACCCCUUUGAUGAGCAACAAUGCAGCAUGAUGUUAAUGCCGUCGGGUAAUUUUUAUCUUGGAGUUGAUAGGGCUGGCUCAAUUAUAGGGAGUGUACCGACAUUCUUCAUAGAGAACAAUGAAUGGAAGUUGGUUGACCUAUAUGUCUACGUUGUAGAUGUAAAGAUGGGACGGACCCAAAAUUUGGUGAAAUUUGAUUUUUGUUUGAAACGCAAGAGCAUGUUCUAUAUUGUGAGUAUAAUCUUUCCCAUGACUCUUCUCUCUCUGCUCAACGCCUGUGUGUUCCUCCUACCAGCUGACUCCGGAGAGAAGAUGUCCUACCUCAUCUCCAUAUUUGUGUCAUAUGCAGUGUUCAUGAACUUCGUCAAUGACUCAAUCCCCAAGUCCGGAGACGUGUGUCGGCUCUCAGUGUACCUGACCCUUGUCAUCUGCCAGAGUUGCCUGGCUAUCAUUACCACUAUGGCCAGCCUCAAUGUUCGCAGUAACAGCCUUCUGUUUAAGUCCGAGACAGGUGUACAGCCAAUGAAUGACGAAGUAACCACGAACAGCAUUGAACGCCCAUAUUCGAAGUCUGCCUCAAAUGACCGCCGAACAAAAUGCGUUUUGUUCAUGGUGUUCUUGGUGCUGGCUCUGAUGUCCCUGCUGGUGUUUUGUGUAUAG